AUGGUGAUUUCCAACGGCGGAGAGAUAGAGGAGGAAAGAGAAGAAGAUGAGUUGGCAACCACGUACGAAGAGAGGCGGAAAAAAAAGAUUGUUAAAAUGGAUUGGAAGAGGGACUCUUUUGUUACCGUUAAGAGGUUAGCAGAAUUUUUGGUUCAACCCUUUAAACGGGAUGAAGAAAAUGAUAGGAUAGUGCGAGAAAUAAUCAAGCUAUGCAGUUUCGAGAAUUUAAGCAAUUUGGAGAUCGACAAAAGUAGUGCUACCCGAUUUGUUUUCAAGAACUCUGACUUCUUCAGGAAGGCUGAGGCUGGUGAUUGGAAGAAGUAUCUUACAACAGAGAUGGCUGCAGCUUUAGAUCAUAAAAUCAAGGAAAAGCUACAUGAUUCUGGAUUGACCUUCACAAUGCCACUAUAG